AUGAACUCUGACAACUCUCUGCAGGCAGAACAGGACAUUGGACAUCACGAGCCUGUGACGAUAAUGCUCCUGGGGAAGAGUGGAGCAGGCAAGAGCUCAAGUGGGAACACCAUCCUCAACAAAAUAGUGUUUAAAUCUGACAUGAAGCUGAAGAGAGUCACAGUGUACUGUGAAAAGGAGUUUGGGUCAGUUGAGGAUACGCCUGUGGCUGUCAUCGACACACCCGGGCUUUUUGAGAAAGACCGAAACAAAGAAGAAGUCGUUCAAGAGAUUCUCAAGCGUGUCAAGCUCCAGGAGCCAGGCCCUCAUGUUUUUGUGUACGUGGUUCCUCUAGGAAGGAUGACAGAGGAAGAUGAAAACACUCACAAGCUAAUUGAAGCCAUGUUUGGCCCCAGAGUGUGGGACUACACCAUUGUGUUGUUCACCCACGGCGACCGACUGGAAGGUAAAACAAUGAACACAGUGAUUACAGAAAGCGACGACAACCUCCACAGCUUCAUCCGCAAGUGCAGCGGCGGCUUCCACGUCUUCAACAACAAAAACCCAGAGGACCAGACGCAGGUGGUGCGCUUCAUGGAGAAGAUCCAGACCCUGCUGGCCCUGAAUGGAGGCAGUCACUACCAAGCACGUUUUUAUCCUAAACAGGAAAGAGGGAUCAGGAAGAGGCAGCAGUGCAUCCUGACAGAAAGAGGUGAAGCCAUCAGGAGCAAGGAGGAAGACUUGAUGAAGCAUCACCAGGGGGAGGAACUCAAGAAGAAGAUUGCAGAGCUGUGGAGGAAAGAGGAGGAGAACUCGAGAAAGGUUGCAGAGAAGGAAAUCACAAACCAAAAAGUUUUGAGAGUCUUCCUGUUUAUUGUAUUUGUCGGUUUGUUGUUGGGGUUAGGUUUAGGGGUUUGCAGUGAAUACCUGGUGGUAAUCUCAGUCAUUUGGAUUGGCAUGUUCUCCAAGACGUCUCUGUUUCCUCUAAGCAAAAUACCCUGGCUGUCAAGGAAAAAGUGA